UCCCCGCUCAUUGUCUGAAUUGUUCGUGUUAAUAAAGUUUGGAGAGCUAUAGCUAUGAGCGCCUGAGCGGAAAGAAUGCAUGACGUAACGUCCGCCGCCGGGAAAGCGAUAGCGGAACCAGAAAGCAGAGAGAUUGAAGGCCGGUGAUCAUGACGUGUGUGCUCAGCGGUUCCACCGCCGUGUGCGAUGUCAUUGCAGAGCUAGAUACUCAACUGGCUUUUCUAGGCCCUGGGCCUCAUACCCCAAAACAACGUGCUGACGUGUCCCGAUUGGGUGAACUGCGAGCAAAAGCCCUCCAGAUUAUGAACCAGUUUGGAGCAUCCGCAUUGAUCAACCUGGCAAGUUUCUCCUCCUCUACCACCACUCCUACCUCAGUCGCUGUCAAGCAGGAGGCAGCCAUGGCAAAUAGUACUCCAGUGGGUAAAGUGCCAGUACCAACAGCUGGAGGAGGGCGUGCAAGUCCAGAUGCAAAUCAAGUUCUUACUAAGAAGAAGCUUCAUGAACUGGUUAGAGAAGUAGAUCCCAACGAACAGCUGGAUGAAGAUGUGGAGGAGAUGCUUCUACAGAUCGCAGAUGAUUUCAUUGAGAGCGUGGUAUCUGCAGCCUGCCAGCUUGCCCGACACCGCAAAUCCAACACAUUAGAAGUUAAGGAUGUACAGCUCCAUCUUGAGAGACAGUGGAACAUGUGGAUUCCAGGGUUUGGUUCAGAAGAAAUCCGGCCUUAUAAAAAAGCUUGUACUACUGAAGCACACAAACAGAGAAUGGCUUUAAUUAAGAAAACGCAAAAGAAAUAAAAUCUAUUUGUGACUUUGGACUUCUGCAGUCCCUUUGCAUUCUGAUCUUGACACCUUCAAACUGCCACAGAUGAGUGCGGAGGCAACCUCUUCAGAGAAGAGCCUAAUUUAGGGGACAGAAAUUCUACAACCCUCUGGCUGGGAAAGGGUUAAACGAUCCCCUGACUACCUUUUGUAUAUACAUAGGAUUGUUUGUUUAAUUAAACAUGGCUGACAUAA